AAUCUAAAUUCUAAAAGGAGGGACAGAGUGGAAGAUUUGGUAUAUAAGGCAUGGAAGCCAACUCUUAAAAUACGUCUUCAUUUCGAGGGAGAAAGAGGGGGGGAAAUGGCAGAUUCUAGCGAUUCGGUUUCCAUUGAUAUGGAAUCGAUCUCUCUUGGCGGCAAGGAGUACCUAGUAAAAACUCACCAUGGUACAGUUUUAGUUGCUGUGUUUGGAGACCAAGAUAAGCCGGCUCUUAUUACCUAUCCCGAUUUAGCUCUAAAUCAUAUAUCCUGUUUUCAAGGCUUGUUCUUUUGUCCAGAAGCUAGUUCGUUACUCCUCCACAACUUUUGCAUAUAUCAUAUUAGUCCUCCAGGGCAUGAGUUCGGAGCUCCACCAAUCUGUCCCGAUGGUUUUAUGCCUUCCGUUGAUGACUUGGCAGAUCAAAUUGUUGAGGUUCUCAACUUUUUUGGGCUUGGUGCUGUAAUGUGUAUGGGGGUUACAGCUGGAGCAUAUAUUCUUACCCUAUUUGCUAUGAAAUACCGGCAACGUGUCCUUGGGUUAAUACUUAUUUCGCCCCUAUGCAGAGCACCCUCAUGGACAGAGUGGUUGUUAAAUAAGGUGAUGUCAAAUUUACUAUAUUUCUAUGGCAUGUGUGGAGUGGUGAAGGAGUUGUUGCUUAAGCGGUACUUUAGUAAGGAAGUUCGUGGUAAUGUUCAAGUACCAGAAUCAGAUAUAGUUCAGGCAUGCAGAAGAUUGCUAGACGAAAGGCAGAGUAUAAAUAUUUGGCAAUUCCUAGAAGCAAUGAACGGGAGACCUGACCUUAGCGAAGGGUUAAGGAAACUGCAUUGCCGUUCAUUAAUAUUUGUUGGCGAAAACUCUCCUUUCCAUUCCGAGGCUCUUCACAUGACAUCGAAACUAGAUAGAAGAUAUAGUGCCUUAGUGGAGGUACAGGCAUGUGGGUCAAUGGUGACGGAGGAGCAACCCCAUGCCAUGUUGAUACCAAUAGAGUACUUUCUUACGGGAUACGGUUUAUACAGAGCGACCCUAAGUGUUAGUCCUAGAAGCCCAUUGAGUCCAUCUUGCAUCUCUCCGGAGCUUCUUUCACCGGAAAGCAUGGGGUUGAAGUUGAAACCGAUUAAAACCCGGAUUUCUUUGGAAGUUUGAGAGGAAGAUGAAACGGGAAAAAAAGGGGCAAAUCAACAACAUUUUGUAAUCUAUAUAAGGUGAUUUUGUAACAUGUUUUGACAUGUUGGUGAAGGGAAAGAGAAAGGCAUUAGGGUUGUAGAUAAAGAAGCAAUAGAGACAGGGAAAAAAAGAAGAGAUAUUGUCAAUUCUUUUAUUUAUAAUCAUAAGAUGCUUAGCUAAGGUGAAGUCAUGUAAAUCAUUGAAUAAUUAUUUACUAGAGAAACCGCCAAUAAUAUAAUGAUAAACAAAGGGUGCGUAGUGAA